AUGAUCAUGGACAGGCUAGGAUACAACAACCUGCGUAGAGUACGUCAGUAUUUCAGAAAUUCGUGUAAAGUCCGGCAGUGUUUCCAGUGUCCGGAGGACACAGAAUUCUACUGUAACACGUGUAAACAUGACCUGUGUCUGCCGUGUAAAGAGAGACAUGUUAUUAGUCUACACACUAAAGACCACGAUGUCGUAAUUUACCGUGAAAAAUAUGAAAACAUUACAAAACAAGAGACUUGUGAGAGACAUCCAGACAUGUUUUAUCAAACGUACUGUCAUUCCUGUAAACUUCCUGUCUGUUUCCAAUGUACAGAACAUAGAGAUCACCAAAUACAAGACAUUAAAACAGCAUACAAAACAAACCGUCAAAAACACAGAGAAAUCGUUCACAACAUCAGAAGUGAGACUCUCUAUAACAACAGUUGUAUUCUGGCAGGAAUCAAAUCUGAUAUAAAAACUUAUCACCCAGUAAUCUCCAACAAUCAGUCAGAGACGUUAUUAAAAGCCCAGAAACUUAGGAACCUCAUAGACACUGAAAUGUAUGAUGUUAAAAUCAGACGCAAAAGAUUUAUUCAAAGUUUACAAAAACAGAGGAAACACCUUUCAAACAUAGAAGACUUGGAACAUAGAUCUGAACAGUUAGCAAACAGACCGCUAGAAUUCAUCAUGUUACUAAAGACAAAUCGUGUACACAAGUUAAAGGACACUCCCAAUCCCACACAAUAUGCCCUGGUCUGCCUUACUGAAGAAAUCAACAUAGAGGAUGUGACUGAUUUACUGGGUGAAAUCCAAAUAAUAGAGAGAGGAGAAAGACAAGUGAGAAAUGAAAGUCAGCUGAAACUGAUGUCUACACCUGUGUUACAUAGGUCUGUCAAUGUGCGCGGUGAUCCGGGUAAAAUAUUUCAUAUUUGCUGUGUGACACCAGACCAGGUCUGGAUCAGUAAUGGUCAAAAUAUUAUCUUGAUAAACUCUGAGGGCGACAUACUACAUCAUAUAACACGCAAUAGGACACAACACACGGUGAACCUUACUGGUGAUCUUAUUUACAUAGACUGGGAUGGUAACAUUCUCAAACUCUCUAAAGAUAACAGAACAAAUUCUACACUGAUGAAGAUAACAGUACCAAGUGCACCAAAAUGUAUAUACUCCUCCAAACUCAACGGCGAUUUGCUGGCCGGGAUGCGAACCUACCAAGGAAAAGGCAUUAUAAAACGCUUUAAUGACAUAGGACAUCAUAAACAAACAAUAUGGCAUGGCAACACAGGUCAGAAUCUGUAUUAUUAUCCUAUGUACAUCACAGAGAACCGCAAUGGAGAUGUUAUUGUGUCUGACAAGGGUAGUAUUCGUACUGGUAUUUGUUAUGGUGCUGUAGUGGUGACAGAUAGUAGAGGUAGACACCGGUUCUCCUACACAGGUUCUCCAUCACAAUCACGACUAUAUCCACGUGGAAUCUGUACUGACGCGCUGUCAAACAUUCUGGUUUGUGAUGAACGCACCUACACAGUACAGAUCAUUGACAAGGACGGUCAGUUCCUGUCACUGAUAAUGAAAACACAAAGGGUAAAUAUACCACAGGCCCUGAGUUAUGACGACAAAACCCAUCUUCUUUGGGUUGGAUCUACCUACGGGGAAAAGAGCUUGUGUGUAUACAGACACAUAGAUAGGCAGGACACUAUCCAAUAUAUGACAAAUCAGAUAGAUAUUUGA